CGUCACAAUCUCAUCACCGUCACUCACCAUCAAUUACCAUCACCAAUCUAAGCUUCUUGAUCAUAUUAUUAUUCCCUCUUCCCAAUCCUAACAUUACCUACCUUGGGUCAAGCCCUCGAAGCUCUUCCAUCGGUAUUCCAAGAUCUCUCAAGAUUCCUGGCCAAGUCCAUCCACACUCUGUCUGCUCAUCGUCUUCCCAUCGUCAUCGCCCGCGUGACUUUCCAAUAAACAGGCAGGCGCUCGUCUUCAGUCAUCUCCAGGUUUUCAGCCUGAUCAGCCUCAUGAGGCCACGCAAUCUUCAAUAUAAUCGUCAUUAUUCCACCGAUUCAACAGUCAACCACUUGCAGUGCCUCAAGCCGUGGAUUUCACAGAUUGAGGCCGAGUUCUACUGACUUGGCCCCAUUCUGUCAUGGCAACCUUGACCCAGUUGGAACAACAUCGCCAUCAAUUCACCCAAAUUGCAUCAAAAUCAUCGCUCCGCCUUCGUUCGAGCGACGACCACUCAUGCGUCAGUUUGACCACCAUCUACAACGUAGGCACGCGACAUGUUGACCACAAAGACGCUUCGUCUGUCGACAUCACUAUACAGGCAUCGGACCCAUCUGGUAGACCAUCCACGCCAAAGACGUCAGCGCCUGCACACAUAACCACUUGUUCUUCCUCCUCGUCACCUGUUUUACAAUCUAUCACCCUCCCAGACACUUCAUCUCAAUCUCCCACUUUAUCGCUUCAGCCUCGCCGCCGCUCGACCCUCCACCAAUCAAGUCCUUUUUUGACCAUCAUCCCCCACGACUUGCACCAUGUCUUAGCCGUUAAUUAUCUUGACUUCGACACGCUACUGUCCCUACGUCAAACCUGCCACACGAUGCACGAUCUAUUAACUCCACAACUCGUCAGACGUGUCCGCUCAGCCGUGAUCCAAGAGUCACUCAAAGUCGAGGAGCAGCAAUUCACCUCGUAUCGAUCAAUUUACCCGCGCCAGCGUCUAGGCCAUCUCUGGGAUUUGUUGUACUACGCAUUUGAUUUUCGACUCAUUGAAAGGCCUGCCACCAAACUGCCAUGUUAUGGCUGUCUGGAGACAAAACCGCUUUGGGCUUUUGUUGAGCGCAUGAGCAUCAAAGGCACCGGCCUGGGAGCGCGCUACGCCCGUGAUCGCAUGUGCAAGGACUGUAUGCGUCGCUACCGCCACAUCGAGGGCUUCUGGUGGAAGGAAAAUUGGGUCAAGAAAAGUGACACCGUCAGGAAAUCGACCCGCACCAACCGCAUCAAGGGCUGGGUCGUUCACGGCGGCAGCCUUGUCAAUCCCGAUCAGGAGGUGGGAGUUUGUUCUUCUUGUGGUUGUGGAUCCUUUGAAUUGUGGUGGGGUUGCAAGGAUUGCUUCGAGCUCGAGGAACGCCGUCGUCGCGAAGAAGAUCUCGAAGACUUUUAUGGUUGGCAGAGGAAGGUGGUCAACGUCUUGGAGGCCUGGAGAGUGAGGAAAGAAGGCAAACGGAGGCAACGCGUUGCCCGAAGAGAGCGAAGUCGAGGCAGAAAUCGAUGGUGGACUCUGAACAUUGAUCGCUCAAACUGGGAAUGGCAAGGUGGCCUCAACGACCGGCUGGCGGCAUUACUCGAAUGGACCGAACACAAAACUCAACUCAAAUCGCCCAAUGCGGUCUCUCGGACCUCGACCACCCCUGAGGCCUCCCAGUCCAAUACACAGCCGUGGCGAGCAGUUGACCAAAUCCCUCUCCCAGAGAACCGUCGUGUCUCCAGGUGCUCGAGCUGUUGGGUGCCCAAUUGCCCGCGGCGGACCUACAUGCUUGGACUUGCCUAUGAGCGGUAUUUACCGCAAGAUCGAUGGUGCAAAGGGUGCCAGACAGACUUUGAGGCAAGACGAGCAAAACGGCGACAGUGUCGCCAGUCAAGCCGGCCACGGCAAAGUGGUGGCCCACCGGUGGACAUUUUUAGUGAUGGAUGGCUGGACGGGUUCGGCGAUUUAUUUGAUGACCAAGUCUGAUCUGGUAGGUAUCUGGUGGAUUCUGGCUUUCAAGACAGUGACAAUGCCGGCAAAUUAAUCGGCGUGAUAUGAUAAGACAUUCUACAAUAUGAUGUUAUGACAGCAACUGAACUGUACGAGAGGCUUGUCUGAUGA